AUGACUGAAGAGGGACCCGGUAUAGUGCCUUUGGGCAAACCCAGGAGACCGCGAAUGCUGCGAUUGUGGGGAAUCUUUAGGGUGCCGAUAUUUUCCGCGACCUUCCUGCUGAUGUUGUCUCCUGCAGGAGUCGGGGCCAGAGCAAAGGAUGACUUCAGUCUGGUUCAUCCACUUGUGACCAUGGAGCAACUGCUGUGGGUGAGUGGGAAGCAGAUCGGCUCUGUGGACACCUUUCGAAUCCCGCUCAUCACCACCACUCCUCGGGGCACUCUCCUUGCCUUUGCUGAGGCCAGAAAAAUGUCGACAUCGGAUAAAGGAGCUAAAUUCAUAGCUCUGCGGAGGUCUAUGGACCAGGGCAGUACAUGGUCUCCGACGGCUUUCAUUGUGGAUGAUGGGGAGACCCCAGAUGGGCUGAACUUGGGGGCAGUGGUUAGCGACACGAUGACAGGCGUGGUCUUCCUUUUCUACUCCCUCUGUGCUCAUAAGGCUGGCUGCCAGGUGGCCUCUACCAUGCUGGUGUGGAGUAAGGAUGAUGGUGUUUCCUGGAGCUCGCCACGGAACCUCUCCCUGGAUAUAGGCACCGAGAUGUUUGCCCCAGGACCAGGCUCUGGCAUUCAGAAACAGCGGGAGCCUCGGAAGGGCCGGCUCAUCGUAUGUGGCCAUGGGACGCUGGAGCGGGACGGGGUUUUCUGCCUGCUCAGCGAUGACCACGGUGUCUCCUGGCGCUAUGGAGGUGGGGUCAGCGGCAUCCCCUAUGGCAAGCCCAAGCGGGAAAAUGACUUCAACCCCGACGAGUGCCAGCCCUAUGAGCUCCCCGACGGCUCGGUGGUCAUCAACGCGCGGAACCAAAACAAUUACCACUGCCAUUGCCGCAUCAUCCUCCGCAGCUACGAUGCCUGUGACACCCUGAGGCCUCGGGAUGUGACCUUUGACACGGAGCUCGUGGACCCUGUGGUAGCUGCAGGGGCUGUAGCCACCAGCUCCGGCAUUGUCUUCUUCUCCAACCCAGCCCAUCCAGAGUUCCGAGUGAACCUGACCCUGCGCUGGAGCUUCAGCAAUGGUACCUCCUGGCGGAAGGAGACGGUCCAGCUGUGGCCGGGGCCCAGUGGCUACUCAUCGCUGACCACCCUGGAGGGCAGCGUGGGUGGGAAGGACCAGGCCCCGCAACUCUACGUCCUGUAUGAGAAAGGCCGGAACCAGUACAUGGAGAGCAUCUCUUUGGUCAAAGUCAGUGUCUAUGGAACACUGUAA